CCACAUCUCGCGAGAUCAAGAUACAUGAGCGGCUAUCGGCCGGUUAGGGCUUGCGGGGAAGAUGGAGUAUCCUGCAUUGAGCACGGUGGAGAACGCGGACAGCGGCGGGGCCCGGUCGUACAACAAUUCGGAGGAGCGGGAGGGCCGGGAACCGGAUGGGCUGCGCUUCGACCGCGAGAGGGCGCGCCGCCUCUGGGAAGCAGUGUCCGGGUCGCAACCAGUAGGGAGGGAGGAAGUGGAACACAUGAUCCAGAAGAACCAGUGUCUCUUCACCAACACCCAGUGUAAGGUUUGCUGCGCCUUGCUCAUUUCUGAGUCUCAGAAGCUGGCACACUAUCAGAGCAAAAAACAUGCGAACAAAGUGAAGAGAUACCUAGCAAUCCAUGGAAUGGAGACACUAAAGGGGGAAAUGAAGAGGCUAGACUCAGAUCAGAAGAGCAGCAGAAGCAAAGACAAGAACCAGUGCUGCCCCAUCUGUAACAUGACCUUUUCCUCCCCUGUCGUGGCCCAGUCGCACUACCUGGGGAAGACCCACGCAAAGAACUUAAAGCUGAAGCAGCAAUCCACUAAGGUGGAAGCUCUGUCGAAACGCCUUACAAACCCUUUCCUUAUGGCCUCCACCUUAGCCUUGCACCAGAAUAGAGAGAUGAUAGACCCAGACAAGUUCUGCAGCCUCUGCCACGCGACUUUCAAUGACCCUGUCAUGGCUCAGCAACAUUAUGUGGGCAAGAAACACAGGAAACAGGAGACCAAACUCAAGCUUAUGGCACACUACGGACGGCUGGCUGACCCUGCUGUCACUGACUCAUCAGCCGGGAAGGGCUACCCCUGCAAGACAUGCAAGAUAGUGCUGAACUCCAUAGAACAGUACCAAGCUCAUGUCAGCGGCUUCAAACACAAGAACCAGUCACCAAAAACAGUGGCAUCACCUCUGGGCCAGAUUCCCGUGCAAAGGCAACCCAUUCAGAAAGACUCAACCACCUUGGAAAACUAAAGGUGUUUCUGUCCAGCAACCCAGGUUGAACCAGCCAUGAGCCAGCUUCCUGUUACUAUGGUCAGCCCUUGGCUCCCUCUUCCUCCUUUCUUACACCUGGAGAAUACACAGGCCUAAGGCAGGAGUAGACCAUAGACAGCCUCUGAUUGGCCCAGGCAAAUCUACUUCUCCUCCUCCCCUUUGGAAUCGGCCUUGUAGGUCAGGGUAAGGGAAGCAGAGAUGUUGACAGGACUUGGGAUUUCCCAGGGUGGUAAUUUGGAGGAUGACCUUUCCCCUUUGUCAGCCCCUCCAGGCUGUAUGUCAUGAGACCCCAGGCCUGUCUUUCCACUAGAGGUCACUUUUGGACCACUCCCUGCAGUUAAAGAACAGAGGUCUCCCUAAGCGCUAGGCAUCUCCAGUGAAACCCGAAAUUUUCACUCCAGGCCUUGGCCUGGGUAGGAAAGGACAGAUGGAAGUGGCUGCCACACGGAGGCUUGGAGUUCAUGUGACACUUCCCGCCCCCCAAAGAGCGUGAGCUUUCUUGAGCCUAGUACCCAAUGCUGGCCAGUUGUCCAGAUUGCUGCCCACUGUGAAGUCUCCUCCUGGAGCAGUGACACAGUCCUGGCAGAGCACUGCUAUCCCUCUUUCCCCUUCUCCACAGUUCCUGAAUGGUGCUAAGGACCUGCAGCAACUGGGGACAAGCUAGAGCCGAAGGAGGCCUCAGUGCCCAGUGGGAUCACAGAAAAUGCCAACAGAGGCCUUUCCCCUCCUCCAUCAGAGGUGCUCUGGCACAGGGUCAUGUGGGAAGGUCCCCACGUAAAAAUUUUCCUGGGUGGCUCUCUCCCUUUAAAGGAAAACUGCCCUCACGCCAGCCGGCUCCGAGGUUGACCGCUGUCCUUCGGCCCUACUGGUCCUCUUGUUCCCCUUGCGCAGUGGACCAUCCUCCCAGGCUGCUGUGGUGCUAGUCCUCCCCCAUCGUCCACUAGGAGAUUCUGGAGACCAAGGAGCAAGAUGGGCCCUUAGAGGAAUAGAAGAGAGAGCUGGUGUAAGCUUCUGCAGUGAGGAAACAGCUAUGUCCCCGACCCCAAAUGUAGGUUUCUACAACACUGCUGUGCUUUAUGGCCUGGGACUUCACUGGGAGUGGACUUUACCUCAUAGCUUUCAAACAGGAGUUCCAUGGAGGGUCACCUUCUGGGUCCCUUCUCACUGGGUCAGAGAAGUCCACAGCUGCUCUCGUGGGCUCCUCCCUCCACUCCCUGUCCCUUCGCCUGUAAAUGCCUUUGUGUAUUGUGUGUGUGUGUGUGUGUGUGUGUGCGCGCGCGCGCGCGUGCGUGCUUAUGCUCUAUCUUUUGGUCACUGAAGCAUCUAAAUAAAGAAUUUCUCCCAUAAGCCAGACUGCAACUCAACAGAUUUGAGAUUUGAAUCGUCUAUCAUGUGUAUCUUUACCCUUUGCUCUGUCCCUGGUCAGACUUCAGCACCCUAAGUAGUGAUUUUAGGAGCUGGGACAGAAACAGAUACCCAAAUUGCUUGGCAGCUCUGUAGAAGUCCUACAGAGUCCAGGUGCCCUAAAUUCAAUACAAGCUUAUCUGCUCCUCUACCUCCCCCUAUCCUGGAGGGCCUCACCGAGGUCUCUAGAAGGUUUAAGCUGGGAGUCUACUUUGUCUGAGAUGAUCGUGUGGCUGCUAUGUGAGAAGGAAUUCAGGGGAGCAGGAAAGGAGAUGUACAGGGAGGCCAAAAUGGACGUGGUGUCCAGUUUGACUCUCUCCAGGCUAGCUCCUUCAGGGCAGAGACCUAGUGUCAUUCAUCUCCAUUCCUCUGAUAGACUGAGUGGUUGGUUUGUCAUGCAGUGUUUGUUGAAUGAAAGAAUGAAUGAAUGAGGACGCAUAAGAAGAGAUGGGCUUUUCCUGCUCAGCUCAUUCAUAGCAGCAGGCUGGUUCCAUGGAACUUGUGAUUCAUGGGAAAACCUUCUCCAUGACCCAGAAGUGAGCUGGGAAAGGAGGGUAUGCAAUGACUUCAGAAGCCUUUUUUGCUUCAGACAGCCAGAUCUGAGCAAGGUGCCCAGGCUGCCUGAACUCCUAUUCUUCACUCAGCAAACUAUUCUUGGGAACCUGCUCUUCACCAACUGGGAAAGGCCCUACACAGCUCUCAGCUUCCAAAGCCUAGACUGCUUUAGCAGUUUUCCCAGAGUCCUUCUACCCCAAGCAAGAUGUCAUGAUCAGCCCCACCUACCAGGCAAAGAAGCAAAGGGCAGAGAGGUGAGUGAGCUGCCCAGAGUAUGAGCCCUUGGCCUGCAGGAUCUCUUAGUCAGGAUUCAAGAGUCCUACGAGCUGUGUGCCCAGCCCUAUUGGCCUGGGGAUGCAGGAAUGAAAAUUCUCUUAGAGCCCUUGGGUAGCUCAAACAGUCAAAGACCAUUAUGGUGAUAGAGGGUUAAGCAUGCUCUGGGAAUGCACAAAGAUGCAGGCACUAACUCAGCCAAGGAUAUGAAAACACUGAAGAAACUGUGAAACUAGCAUUUGAUCUCUAUAACAACCUUUUGAGCUAGGAGAUGAUACUCCAUUUUAUAGAAAAAUAACAAGGUUCAAAAAGGUAUAGCGAUUUGCCUAAGGUCCCACUGCUAAGAGCAAAAUGGAGUGUAGAAUCUGGUUCUCUAGAUUCCUUGUCUUUACAAACAAGGACCAAAGUACUUCCCCCAUGACCCCUGGGCCUGCCUCACUCAUCUGGCAGGGCCACGGUCUCACAGAGUGAGUAGCCACUCGGCAGGAGCGGCAGCGGCACCAUCAAAAUGAGAUUGGACAAGGCUCUAUGGUUAUUUUAUAAUCCCAGCCCCUUUCCCUUCUCAUAAUUUUACCCAAGAUUCCUGGUGUAUUAGACUCUAGUUGUAACUGUAAGAAACUUAAAGUGAUUAUCUAAAAGAAGAAAUUUAUUGAUUCUCCAGAUGAAACAACCUUGUACAGGGAUGGCUAGAUUCAGGUUCUGACACAGUCAUCUCACUGGGUUGCCCUGUGUGGCCUCUUUCCUGGGCGGACUUUCUCCAGAAGGUGGAGACAGCCUCUGGCAGCUUCAGGUUUAUAUCCUAAUAGGUUGGUAACUGCAAUGGAAAGAACAUCUUUUUCUUGGUACCAGUAAAAAAUGCUGGGAUUGACUCAUUAGCCCAUCUGGAUCUGUUCCCAUCCCUAAACCAGUCGCUGCAGCUAGGAAAAAUGGUCCUCUGGGCACCUGGAAAGGAGUGAGUCCCACCUACAACACACUGACCGAAAGAGGGAGAGAUGUGCUUGCGUCAAAGAAGAAAGUGCAGAGCUCCCUCCAUCCCAAGGGAGAAGAGUGGAUGUGAAGGGCAAAAAUAACUGUUGUUGUCAGCCAUAUUCAGAGAUUAUCUUUGCUUGAUCAUGCUUUUCUAACGUUUUGAGAUACAGCAUACAUUCAAUAAUGUGAGACAAAUUUUUUAGAGUACAGUUUGAUGAGGAUAGUGUAUCCAUAUGGUCAGUCGGCCUCCAGAUCAAGAUAGAAAACAUCACCAGUCCCCAGAGGCUGGCCUUGUUUCCCUUCUUAGUCAGUAUCCCACAGAAGCAAACACUAUCUUGACCUGUCUCACCGUAGAUUUGUUUUGCUUGCCCUUCAAUUUUAUAAAAAAGGAUUCAUCCAUGUAUCCACUUGUGUUCAAUAUUAUGUAUAUGAGAUUCAUCCAUGUUAUUGUGUGUAUCAGAAGUUCAUUAAAAAAAAAGUUUACUUCCUGCUGUAUAGUAGUCCAUUAUAUGAAUAUACCAUAGUUUACCCAUUCUACUGCUAAUGGACAAUUGGGUUUCUAGUUUUGAACUAUUGUAAAUAAAGCCACUAUAAAAAAUU